AUGGCGCACUCUGACCUGCGAAAGCUGACAAAGAAGGAGCGACAACUGCGAGACUUGGUAGAGUCCAUUGAGGAGUUUGUGCACAACUACCAGGAGGCACGCGACAAAGGCUCGGUUGCAGCAAGGCUCAAGAAGUUGGACGAGGUCUACGAUUCGUUCUGCGAUGUGCGCGCUGAUAUCGAGGUACUUCUCGAAGAAUGCGAUACCGAUGACGAAGCUGGUGAAGAUGUUACUGCAGCGGAUAGGAAGCAGACCCUGGCGGCAAAGGUGAAGCUAAGGAGUGAAGCGAAUUCGAAGAUUUUGAAGACCUUCAUCCAGCAGUACUUCCGUCUAAAGCAAUCACUUGAAGCUUUCAUGACCGGCCCCGGCUCAAGCAGCCAGCUGACUCUACCACCAAACAAUCCGCCGGCGGCGACGUCUCCAAUGCGUGUAAAGCUACCAGAGCUGAAGAUUCCGACGUUUCGAGGAUCUCUAAUGGAGUGGGUCACUUUUAGGGAUACUUUCAAAACCCUAAUUGUCGACAACCCACAUUUGACCGAUAUCGAUCGGUUCACUUACCUCCGAACUUCGCUGGCAGGAGAAGCGCUGCAGCAAAUUGCAUCGAUCAAUCUCUCAGCGGACAACUACUCCGUUGCGUGGCGUUCACUGGAGUCACGCUAUGAAAACAAAAAGCUUCUAGUGAAAUCCCACAUAGAUGCCCUGUUUGCUGUCAACCCGAUGAAGAAGGAAUCGUUCGAAGCACUGAACCACGUCAUCGGCGAGUUUGAAAAACAUCUUCAGAUGCUGACGAAGCUUGGGGAGCAGACUCAGGAUUGGAGUACACUUCUAGCUCACAUGCUGGCUAGCAAGUUAGAUCCCACUACUCUUCGCCUGUGGGAAACGGAACAUCGCUCAACAGAUGUUCCCAAGUAUGACGACAUGUUAGAUUUCCUUUCGAUCCAUAGGACAGUUUUGCGUUCUAUCUCUGGUGAGACGCAUGCACCAGUGGAGUCAAGGAAAUACCCGAAGGUCACCAGUAGCAGCUAUUCGGUCCAACAUCAAUCGUGCCCAUUCUGCGACGAUGGACAACACUGGGCGUAUCAAUGCAAGCGACUCAAGGGAAUGAGAGUCGACGAAAGGAGGAACGCUGUGAAAAAUAGUGAUUUGUGCUUCAACUGUCUCGCUCGCGGUCACACUUCCAAGGGUUGUUCGCGAGGCUCGUGUCGUGUUUGUGGACAACGCCAUCACUCAUUGCUGCACAUCAACAGCAGUGAGCAACAAGCACCGCAAUCGAACAAGCGCUCGCAACACCAUGCACAGAACCCACAGUCGAAUCAAACAAAUUCAACCUCACACAAGAAACCAACACUAACCGUUCCUCAGCAAUCUCUCAACCAUUCACCCAAAACCCCCAUUCCUAUUGCCAGUCCAAGCAUGCUAACGCCACCCACACAAGACACUCCUAACGUUGUACUUUCCGCUCAAGAAGCCAAGGUGUCACGAUCGGUUCUGCUAGCAACUGCGAUCGUGAUCCUUGAAGAUCCUUUUGGAAACACCAUGCAAGCUAGAGCAUUGCUUGACAGCGGCUCUCAGCUCUGCUUCAUUUCCGAACGCGCAUCGCAGCGUCUGAAAUUCAAGCGCUCUCGUGAGACACUUUCAAUUAGUGGCAUCGGACAAGCCGCUAAGAAGUGCAAGCAGUCCAUUUUCGCUCGGGUUCGGUCUCGUAUUUCGUCGUACACUGGGGAGGAGGUUUUCUACGUGCUACCACAAGUAACCUUGAACCUUCCCAUCCGGAGGAUUGAUUCCACCAGUCUGCGACUUCCGGACGACAUCGCACUCGCCGAUCCCCUCUUCACUGAACCCGGAAGCGUAGAUGUGAUCAUCGGGGCAGGGUUAUUCUUCGACCUGCUUCAAAAGGAGAAGUUCAAGCUAGGAGAUGAUGGACCGAUCGCCCAAAACACAUUAUUGGGUUGGAUUGUAUGUGGAAACCUGUCAGCUGAGUCAGACGUGCCAAGGCCGCACGUUGCCAACACUUGUACCGAAAGGCUAGAUGAUCUUCUCACGCGAUUCUGGGAGCUGGAGUCGUGUAAAACGAACAGUGUGUUGUCACUGGAAGAAUAUGCCUGCGAAAAGUUCUUCGACCGCACAACAGUGCGGGAUGAAAGUGGGCGAUUCAUUGUUACACUUCCCAAGAAGGAUUUCCUGAUUCGCCAACUUGGAGAUUCGAGAUCAACAGCGAUGCGACGGUUUCUGUCUCUGGAACGCCGACUAGACCAGAAUCCCCAACUCAAGCAGAUGUACUGUGAGUUUAUUCACGAGUAUCUCAGCAUGGGCCACAUGGAGGAGGUUAUCGGGGAUGAAGAAGAUGCUGCUCUGCCCCAGUACUUCAUUCCCCAUCACUGUGUCAUCAAGCCUGAUAGUACGACCACGAAGCUGCGGGUGGUGUUUGAUGCAUCGUGCGCCACGUCGACCGGAGUCUCACUCAACAAUGCCUUAAUGGUGGGGCCAACGGUACAGGACGACAUAAUCUCGAUCGUUCUUCGUUUCCGAUUCCAUCGGAUUGCCAUCGUAGCGGACGCCGAGAAAAUGUACCGCAUGGUACAGCAACAUUGGGCGGACCGCAAACUGCACAAGAUCUUCUGGCGGGAUAACCGGAAUGAGGACGUACGGAUAUUCCAGUUGAACACCGUAACAUACGGGACGGCAUCGGCGCCGUAUUUAGCAACGAAGUGCCUCAAGCGGCUCGCAGAACUAGAUGGACAUAAAUACCCUGAAGCAGCAAGAAUUCUCAGCAAGGACUUCUAUGUUGACGACAUGAUGACAGGCGUUGACAGCGAGGAAGAUGGAGUCAGGCUGUGCAGCGACAUGCAGCAGUUGUUGAAAGGCGGAGGAUUCAAUCUGCGAAAGUGGAGUAGUAACUCUCCAACCGUUCUGGAGAAAAUACCCGCUGAACUCAAGGACGACCGUACAUCGUUCGAGCUCGAUGACUCAAGCGCUACCAUUAAAACUCUCGGGUUAAUCUGGGAGCCCAGGGUAGAUGUGUUCCGCUUCAAAGUUCCUGAGUGGUCUUCUUCGGUUGUCUGCAAACGGUCGGUAAUUUCCGAUCUAGCAAGAAUCUUCGAUUCCAUCGGGCUACUUGGUGCUGUGAUCGUCUCUGCCAAAAUAUUCGUCCAGACCCUCUGGAAGCAGAAGGUUUCCUGGGACCAGCCACUGCAAGAUGAUCUCCGAGCACAAUGGAUCGAUUUUCGGACUAGCCUAUCGAGGCUUGAAACUCUGCAGAUUCCGAGGUGGGUCGCGUUCCGGAAGGAUUGUGUCUCAUUAGAACUCCAUGGCUUUUGUGAUGCUUCUACAAAGGCCUAUGGAGCCUGCAUGUACGUGCGAUGUACACACUUUGACGGGACAAUCACUUCCAACCUAUUGGUAGCCAAGUCACGAGUCGCACCGCUAUCCGAGCUGGGAAAGAAAAGAAAGCAGCUCACAAUCCCGCGACUAGAGUUGUCCUCCGCAGUACUGCUAGCUCAUCUCUACGAAAAAACUUCCGCUAGUCUUCCAGUAUCUGCGCAGUCGUACUUCCACACCGACUCAAUGAUUGUUCGAUACUGGCUGUCUUCAAAUCCGUCACGGUAUCAAAUGUUCGUGGCAAACAGGAUAUCCGAGGUGCAGCAUCUGACGAAAAAUGGAACGUGGAGACACGUUGCAGGUGUUGAAAACCCCGCGGAUGCCUUAUCUCGCGGAAUUCCACCUGCGGAUCUGCAGCAGAACUCGUUGUGGUGGGAAGGGCCCACCUGGCUGCGUCUAGAGAAGAAUCGCUGA